UGCUGCUGCUGGAGGCUGCGGAGACUCAGUGAGAGACAGACAGGCAGAGAGAGGAGGAUUGAAGGGUUUCAAGGCUUCAGAGGACUUAUUUAGUUUUAUUUUCGACUUUAAAGCAGCUGCGUGUUUUGGGUGAAGCGGUCAUGUCGGUGAAUAUGGAGGAACUGAGACAUCAAGUGAUGAUCAACCAGUUUGUUUUGACGGCUGGAUGCGCCUCGGAUCAGGCGAAGCAGCUCCUACAAGCGGCCCACUGGCAGUUCGAGACGGCCUUAAGCUCCUUCUUCCAGGAGGCCAACAUCCCCAGUCACCACCACCAGAUGAUGUGUACUCCCAGAAACACUCCCGCCACGCCGCCCAACUUCCCGGACGCCAUCACCAUGUUCUCUAAGCUGCGGGCGUCUGAUUGCGGCUCCAGCGCCGGCAGCGGUCCCUCCCAGGCAUCCAUGGCCUGCUCCCCGCCCCCCUCCACAACGGGCUUUGGCUCCUUCUGGGCCUCCUCGCCGCCCAGCCACCAGCCGGCCUGGCUGCCCCCGUCGUCGCCCACGGGCCACCACAUGCACCACCACCACUACCACCACAUGCAACAGACUCCCAUGUGGCCCCCCAGCGUCUCUAAGCCCAGCAGCUCCCAGCAGCCCCAUGUCGUGUCGGCGCUCCAUGGCCCGAGAUGAGACUGAGCGGCGGGUUGCGAGGGGGAGGCUGGUUCAAGUGUAGCCAAAUGAGUCUGGGUGGGAGGGUGUCGGGGUGGGAGGGGGGUUCAUGUGUGGAAUGAGAGGAAAUGGAAAAAGACAAAGAUACUGUUUUCCUCUCUUGUUUUUCUAAACCGAAGACAUUUCCUCUUGUCUUCAUCACAAGUCAUCCAUGCCGAGGAAGAACCGGAGGGUCUCAGGACCCAGCAGAGCACUCUCUGAGGAUAGGAGCCAUGUGAUCUGUUUUUUUUACAAACUCUUCUUCUUUCAGCGGGUUCAGAAAUAAUGUGGCAGGAAGUUGGCGAUAACCAGCAGAUAAACAAAGGAAGCGUUGUGGAUGAAGCAGCCUCAGACGUACAGAGCAUGUGGAUCAUAGAUGAGCUGACUUUCAUCUACAGCCAUGAAACUGCUUCACACAGUGAAACUGAACUCUUGUCUGGAUGCACGCCGACGCAUCAGAGAGACACAACAGUUAGUGCAUCUCAUGUAUCACCUUUAACACAGAAAUAAGAAACACAUUUACCAGCUCAGAGACCAACCUGGGUGACAAAAUAUUAUUUCUGCUGCACAUUAAGAUGUUUAAUUAGUUUAUCUCGUCCAUUGCCGCCGCUUCCUGAUCCAGACAAAGAUGGCAGCGUCUGUGCUGAAUUUGUCCGACGUGAGAACCGAAAAAGUUUUAUCAGUUUGAUAGCGAAUCAUGGCAUCACUUCCUGUCUAUGGAGGACAGAACCUGCCAAAAUAAAAAAUAAAUAAAUGAA